CUUCUUAAACGAUAACGUGGCUUAAAAAUUGGGGAACGUCAUUGGAUUUAAAAGUAUUCUUUUAGAGAGGGGAAACUUUCAGUCGAUUUUGCCUAGCUUCUCCAAUGAGUUGAGGACUUCAUUAGGCAGCUAAUCCCAGACCUUUAUUGCUUUCUCGUGAGUCCUGCUUGUUGCUUGCUAGUUAUUUCUGCCCAGUGAGGUUCUAGAUAUCUUCAGGGAUUAAUUCAGAAUCUUUGAAGAAGCCUGUUUUGUUUUUAAUGGUUGACUUUGGAGUUCAGAAACCACAUUCCAAAGCCAAGCUACACCAUGCAGAGGAAGCACUUUUGUGUACUUUUUGGUUCUUGGCUCCACUGUGAACUUUUCCCCCAGAUAACAGCACUCAUUUUUCUUUUUUCCUCCCUCUCUCUCUCAUAACUCCAGAGCAAAGUCUGAAAUGGAUGUUACAUGAAUCACUUCAAGGGCCGCGCACGACUAUGAACGUUCUGGAGCCUUUUUCUCAGUAAAGUAGAUCACAAUGGAUGAGUCCGCCUUGUUGGACCUUCUGGAGUGCCCUGUGUGUCUCGAACGCCUGGAUGCCUCGGCGAAGGUCUUACCUUGCCAGCACACGUUUUGCAAACGAUGUUUGCUGGGGAUUGUGGGUUCCCGGAAUGAACUCAGAUGUCCCGAGUGCAGGACUCUUGUGGGCUCUGGUGUGGACGAGCUUCCCAGUAACAUCUUGCUGGUCAGACUUCUGGAUGGCAUCAAGCAGAGGCCUUGGAAACCUGGGCCUGGCGGGGGCAGCGUGACCAACUGCACAAAUGCAUUAAGGGCUCAGGGCAGCACGGUGGCUACUUGCGGCACAAAAGAUCUGCAGAGCUCCCAGUGUGGACAGCAGCCUCGUGUGCAAGCCUGGAGCCCCCCAGUGAGGGGUAUACCUCAGUUACCAUGUGCCAAAGCAUUAUAUAACUACGAAGGAAAAGAGCCUGGAGACCUGAAGUUCAGCAAAGGCGACAUCAUCAUUUUGCGCAGACAAGUGGAUGAAAACUGGUACCACGGGGAGGUCAACGGGGUCCACGGCUUCUUCCCCACCAACUUUGUGCAGAUCCUCAAACCUUUACCUCAGCCCCCGCCCCAGUGCAAAGCACUUUAUGACUUCGAAGUGAAAGACAAGGAAGCGGACAAGGACUGCCUUCCCUUCGCAAAGGAUGACGUGCUGACUGUGAUCCGCAGAGUGGAUGAAAACUGGGCUGAGGGGAUGCUGGCAGAUAAAAUAGGAAUAUUUCCAAUUUCGUAUGUUGAGUUUAACUCCGCUGCCAAGCAGCUGAUAGAGUGGGAUAAGCCUCCGGUGCCAGGAGUCGACACCGCAGAAUGCCCGUCGGCGACAGCAGCGCACAGCAGCGCUGCCCCAAAGCACUCGGACACCAAGAAGAACACCAGGAAGAGACACUCCUUCACCUCCCUCACCAUGGCCAACAAGUCUUCCCAGGCGUCCCAGAACCGCCACUCCAUGGAGAUCAGCCCUCCUGUGCUCAUCAGUUCCAGCAACCCCACAGCCGCGGCUCGCAUCAGCGAACUGUCCGGGCUCUCCUGCAGCGCCCCGUCUCAGGUUCACAUAAGCACCACUGGGUUAAUUGUGACCCCACCCCCAAGCAGCCCUGUGACAACUGGCCCUUCGUUCACGUUCCCGUCAGAAGUCUCCUACCAAGCUGCCCUUGGAACUAUGAAUCCUCCUCUUCCCCCACCCCCUCUCCUGGCUGCCACUGUCCUGGCCUCCACGUCGCCAGGCGCCUCUGCUGCUGCUGCUGCUGCUGCUGCUGCUGGAGUGGGACCCAGGCCUGUGGCGGGAUCCACCGACCAGAUUGCACAUUUACGGCCUCAGACUCGCCCCAGCGUAUAUAUUGCUAUCUACCCAUACACUCCCCGGAAAGAAGACGAACUAGAGUUGAGAAAAGGGGAGAUGUUUUUGGUAUUCGAGCGGUGCCAGGAUGGCUGGUUCAAAGGGACGUCGAUGCACACCAGCAAGAUAGGUGUUUUCCCCGGCAACUACGUGGCACCAGUCACAAGGACGGUGACAAACGUCUCCCAAGCUAAAGUCCCUAUGUCUACUGCGGGCCAGGCGAGCCGGGGGGUGACUAUGGUCAGCCCUUCUGCUGCGGGAGCGUCUACCCAGAAGCUCCAAGGAAAUGGCGUGGCUGGGAACCCCAGCGUGGUCCCCACAGCUGUGGUGUCGGCAGCACACAUCCAGACGAGUCCUCAGGCCAAGGUCCUGCUGCACAUGACCGGCCAGAUGACCGUCAACCAGGCCCGCAAUGCUGUGAGGACAGUCACGGCACACAACCAGGAACGCCCCACAGCAGCAGUGACACCCAUCCAGGUCCAGAAUGCCGCCUGCCUCGGUCCUGCGUCCGUGGGCCUGCCCCACCAUUCACUGGCCUCCCAAGCCCUGCCUCCACUGGCGGGUCCUGCUGCCCACGUUGCUGCUAUCGGGGUCAACCGCACCAAUGCUCCCCUGGCCUGCGCUGCGGGGGCUUCUCUGGCCUCCCCCAACAUGACCACUGCCGCUCUGGAGACCGAGCCCAGUGGUCGAACGGUGGCCAUCCUCCCUGGACUCCCCACGUCUCCUGACGGUGCCGCCUCGGCGUGUGGGAACAGCUCAGCUGUGAAGCCAGACAAGGACAGUAAGAAAGAAAAAAAAGGUCUACUGAAGCUCCUCUCUGGCGCCUCGACCAAACGCAAGCCCCGAGUCUCCCCUCCAGCGUCACCUACCCUAGACAUGGAGCUGGGUGCCGGGGAGGUGCCCUUGCAGGGAGCCAUGGGUCCCGAGUUGCCGCUAGGGGGCGUCCACGGCCGGGCGGGCUCCUGCUCCACUGAUGGAGAUGGCCCAGUGGUCUCCGGGACGGCAGCCUUAGCCCAAGAUGCUUUCCACCGCAAGGCCAGCUCCCUGGACUCGGCAGUGCCCAUCGCUCCGCCACCUCGGCAGGCCUGCUCCUCCCUGGGUCCCGUCAUGAAUGAGGCCAGGCCUGUUGUUUGUGAAAGGCACAGGGUGGUGGUUUCCUACCCGCCUCAGAGUGAGGCGGAACUUGAACUCAAAGAAGGAGAUAUUGUGUUCGUUCAUAAAAAACGCGAAGAUGGCUGGUUCAAAGGCACGUUACAAAGAAAUGGGAAGACCGGCCUUUUCCCGGGGAGCUUUGUGGAAAACAUCUGAGGAGACUCCACGCCGAGAAAGGGUAACAUCCUAUCACCUGACUAAAGAGCACAACGCAGUGUCAUAGAGAGAGCACAUCUGUGGACUUCCAGAUCUUCGAGAGCUGAGCAGAGGAUGGGCACGUGACUCCAGAGCCCCGGCCUGGUUGCCCCAGCGGGCAGGGUGACGGCGGCGCCUGCGUGGGCCCCGCCCCUCUGGGUUCUGAUGUGUAAAGUGUGCCUUGUACUGUCUGAUGAACUAUACAGAGAAAUGUCUUUUUUUUUUUUUUUAAAGAUGUAUAACUAAAAUGGACAAUUGUUUACAAGGCUUAACUAAUUUAUUUGCUUUUUUAAAACUUGAACUUUCUUGUAAUAGCAAAUUCUUUGGAUUAUGAUUUUUUUAAAAAAAAUUAUUAAUUUAUGAAAUGAUGGCUAAGGAGAAGCUGGAUUCUCUCCUACUGAGAGCAAGAGAUUCUUUUGACGUAGAAUGCAUCUC